GCUUUACGGCACGGUGUCGCGCUCUGUCGGUGGUUGGCGACAGUUUGGCGGCGGCGGGGCCCGGUCGGCGCUAUGGACGUCGGGGAGCUGCUGAGCUACCAGCCCAACCGAGGGACGAAGCGGCCCCGUGAUGAAGAGGAGGAAGAAAUCAAAGCACGUCGGAAACAAGUGAGCGCGCGGGAGCAUGGGCGUCACAGGGAAGAGGAGUCGGCUGUGCAGGAGGAGACCGAUGACGAGAAGAAGAAACUUCUUCAGAUAAUCGAAAGGGAUGGAGAAGAGGAGGAUGAGGAGGAGGAACCUCUGGAUGAAAGCUCGGUGAAAAAGAUGAUUCUCACCUUUGAGAAGAGAUCUUACAAAAACCAGGAGCUGCGGAUCAAGUUUCCUGACAAUCCGGAGAAGUUCAUGGAAUCCGAACUGGAUUUAAAUGACAUCAUUCAGGAGAUGCAUGUGAUUGCGACGAUGCCGGACCUGUACCACCUGCUGGUGGAGCUGAAUGCAGUGCAGUCUCUCCUCGGGCUGCUUGGACACGACAACACAGAUGUUUCCAUAGCUGUGGUAGACUUGCUCCAAGAGCUGACUGAUAUAGAUACUCUCCAUGAGAGUGAAGAAGGAGCUGAAGUCCUCAUAGACGCUCUGGUGGAGGGUCAGGUUGUGGCCUUGUUGGUGCAGAAUUUAGAGCGCCUGGAUGAAAGCGUGAAGGAGGAAGCUGAUGGUGUCCACAACACUCUUGCAAUCGUUGAGAACAUGGCAGAGUUCCGACCAGAGAUGUGCACAGAAGCUGCGCAGCAGGGCCUCAUGCAGUGGCUGCUCAAGAGGCUGAAGGCUAAGAUGCCCUUUGAUGCCAACAAGCUGUACUGCAGUGAGGUGCUGGCUAUUUUGCUCCAGAAUAAUGACGACAACAGAGAAUUGCUCGGGGAGCUGGAUGGGAUCGAUGUGCUGCUUCAGCAGUUAUCUGUGUUUAAACGACAUAACCCCAGUACAGCAGAAGAACAGGAAAUGAUGGAGAACCUGUUUGACUCUCUUUGUUCCUGCCUGAUGCUCAGUUCCAACCGGGAUCGGUUCCUAAAAGGCGAGGGUCUCCAGCUGAUGAAUCUCAUGCUUAGAGAAAAGAAGAUUUCCCGCAGCAGUGCCCUGAAGGUGCUGGAUCACGCCAUGAUUGGACCCGAGGGCACAGAUAACUGCCACAAAUUUGUUGACAUUCUUGGCCUGAGGACCAUCUUUCCACUCUUCAUGAAAUCACCCAAGAAGAUCAAGAAGGUUGGAACCACUGAAAAAGAGCAUGAAGAACAUGUCUGCUCCAUCCUGGCCUCCCUCCUGCGAAACCUGAGAGGGCAGCAGAGGACGCGGCUGCUGAAUAAGUUUACAGAGAACGACAGUGAGAAGGUUGAUAGGCUGAUGGAACUGUAUUUUAAGUACCUGGAUGCAAUGCAGGCAGCUGAUAAGAAGAUUGAUGGAGAGAAACAUGACAUGGUGCGCCGAGGAGAGAUAAUAGAUGAUGACAUGGAAGACGAAUUCUAUCUCCGCCGCCUGGAUGCUGGUCUCUUUGUUCUGCAGCUCAUUUCCUACAUCAUGGCAGAAAUCUGUAAUGCCAAUGUUCCCCAGAUCCGUCAGAGAGUCCAUCAGAUUCUGAACAUGAGAGGCAGCUCCAUUAAAAUCGUUCGACACAUACUGAAGGGGUUAAAAACGCUCAUAGGCUGGGGAAUUGAUCUCCUUUGGACCAGUUCUACAGAACUCCUCCUUCAGGUUGCUUGGAAAAUGGACACAUCAAACCUGAAGUUAGGGGAGUUUAACAAAUGUGUAACAGCCUGACCUCCCCGGGGGCUGCUGGUGGCAGAGGAGACCGCCUCUGUGCUGGGCUUCUCGGGCUGAAAGCAGCCAGCCCCACAGCUCUGCACUUCACCAGGCGCUGCUGACUGCUCCUCCCGGGAGGUGGGGCGGCCUCACGGUCUGCCCUUGGGGAGCUGCACGUCCCAGUGCUGCUGAAUGACGAGAGCAUCGUGUUCCUCUUUAAGUCUCUCUUUGCUACCAAAGCUUUAAUGAGGGUCGGCGGAUGUUUGUUAGGCAAAGCUUUAACGCUUGGAGAUGGGGAAAGAAAAUCAUCUCACAUAAAUUCCCAUCCGCUUGUUUGCGGUGCGCAUGGAUUUCACAGGAGAGGUCGGCCGUCGCUGCCUGUGUGGCUCACAGCCUGUUUGUGCUGCUUUCUGUC